UUGUAAAAAAAUAUUAUAAAAUGAGGGCAGAAGGAAGAUACCCAGGACCAGAGGAUGGAAGUGACCAGAGUAGGAAUAGUGCAGGAUUUAUGGGCAGUUUGGAGAAAUUUGUAGCAGAGAUAGGGUGGCUGACUAAGAUUUUGGUGGUCGUGAAUGUACUUGUGUAUGUGCUUGAGUGGUAUAUGGACUGGAAAUUUUAUCAGUAUUGUAUAUGGUUGCCCAAGAUGGUGGAUGGGGAGAUUUUUAGAGUUGUAACAGCGGCUUUUUCGCAUGUAGAUUUUAAGCAUAUUUUCUUUAAUAUGGUCACAUUGGUGUUGUUUUCUCCACCUUUGGAGAAGCAUCAUGGGUUUUUGAAGUAUUGACUUUUGAAUGCUAUUCUUAUCAUUGGCCAAGGCGCUUUAUUGAUAUUAAUAUUAUUUGGAAUGACUUAUCUCCCUGAAAGUUUAAAUGGAGGAGAAAAGGUGAAUAAAAGCUGAGUCUUGGGGUACUCUGGUGUCCUCUUCGGUUAUACUCUUCUAUGGUCUCACAUCGGUGAUAAGUAUAUGAACUUAUUUGGUAUGUUCAAGAUGAGGAAGUUAUUCUUUCCAUGGGCUUGGCUCUUGUUCACAUCAAUUAUUGUCCCUGAAGCAAGCUUUGUAGGUCACUUGAGCGGAUUGCUGACCGCAUUGAUCAUGAGAUUUACUCUUUUUACGGAAGAUGAGAAAAUCUGUGGAGAAGGAGACCAUAAUUUAAUUGCAUUGAUAAAUUGGAUUAGAGGAAAGAAGAAAAAUAAUAGCAAUGGCUUCACAGUUGAACACCAGAUGAGACCUAUGAGAGUAGGAUCAAGCGUAUAA